AUGUACCAGACGUCCCUGAAGUCAAAAGAGGACUACGAGAACGGCAGCUGCGAGGCACCACUCCGCACUGCUCUGAUGGGCACGAUGGCCAUGGAGCUCAAGGCACGUGUAGCCAAAACCUCCGAAGAGCAUCUUCACAAACUGUGCCUGGAAGCUGGCUGGUUGACCACGGACAACAAGUGGCAGUAUCUCGCGUGGAGUCCGCAAGAAAAGAAAUUGAUGCCGACAACAAAGGAGCCGAUGACACACACGGCCAUUCUGGAGACUAUGGAGCAAAUCACAGAACUCACAUCGCAGCCAGGCCUGGUUCAUCGAUUUCACUCCUUGCGGCCACUGAAAGAGACCUACCAGACGGACGCGGUCAUCAUGCUCCUCGCGCAGUCAAUCCGCCCGGAAGCCAACAAGCUCUACAGCCUCUUCACUCGAAUUCAGGAUCUCGCGGCGACCCAGCUAAUCGGCCUACGCCUAAGACAGGAGCGGGUCAAGCCAAGCCAUCUGGCGGGAGCCGAGGGGAUCAUCAGCACUGGCUGA